AUGGAUUAUUUUUUAUUUUUGUAUAUUUUUUUAUUUUUAGUUUGUGCCAUUGGUUUUUAUUCAACUUUUCGUUUUGGUAAAUUAUUUACCAAAAAAAGCAUCACCCAAGUAGAGAGUUGGGAAAAAGACGACCACCAACUCGAAGACUCUGACCAAUUGGAUGAUUUGGUAAAUUCAUUUGGAAGUCUAAGUGUUCUAACAAGUGAAGAAGAAAUGGAAAAUAAACAACUUAUGGAACAAUAUUCAAAUCUUCUCCAACACUUCGACAAUACCCUAGAUGAAUGUAGUAAUAAACUUGAUCAACAAUUAAAAGUUUUAGAGUCUUUAAAAAAAAAUAAUAAUGGUUGA